AUGUGCGGGAACCCACCCUUCGAGUCAGAUCAGCCCAUGCAGACCUACCAGAAGGUGAAGCGUGGGAUAGACAAGGUGCUCUUUCCACCAAAGUGCCGAGGUGCUGCAGAGGACUUGGUCAAAAAGCUUUGCAGGCAAGACCCAUCUCAGCGGCUUCCCAUGAAGAGCGGAGGGAUAACGAAGAUCAAAGAACACAGUUGGUACGAGGGCUUCAACUGGGAAGACUUCGAAGCCUUGAAAAUGGAGACACCGUACCAGCCAGCAGUGAAAAGCAAGACGGACAUCGCUAACUUUUCUGCAAGAGAUGCUGACCGACCGCCGCAGGUGCCAUACAAGGACGACAAAUCGGGUUGGGACAAAGGCUUCGCAACCAGCGAGUGA